CGGCUCGGUUCUGCCCAGAGAGCGAUAUUUAACGAGGGCGGACGAUGCUCAGUCUUCUUCCACAUGGCGGCAUGUCUCUCCAGAACCCUAAAACUGAAGCGGUCUCUUCCCUAUAACUUCCAAAGCUCGUCGCCGAGGCCUCUCGCUGCUUUCUCGUCGUCUAAUGCAUCUCCACCAACCGCCGCCGCCGCCGCCGCCGCCGCCGCCGAUGCUGCUGCGGCCGCGUCAUCUGCCUCUCAAUCACAAGAGAAAAAAAGAGGGAAAUUGUCCAAAGCUCUGCUAUUUCUCCCCGGCGCAAUCACUUUCGGACUUGGGACCUGGCAGAUCUUCAGAAGACAAGAGAAGAUAGAAUUGUUGGAUUAUAGGAGGAAAAGGCUGGAGAUGGAACCAUUAAACUGGAAUGAGCUAUCUUCUUUGAAUUACGAUUGGAAUACUUUGGAAUUUAGGAAAGUCAUAUGCGAGGGUGAUUUUGAUGAGAGCAAGUCGGUUUUUAUAGGUCCACGGUCGAGGAGCAUAUCAGGAGUUACAGAGAAUGGGUAUUAUGUUAUCACUCCAUUGGUUCCAAGGAGAACUGAGCCUGGGAGCGUGCAGGUUCCAGUCCUGGUUAAUAGAGGAUGGGUUCCUCGUGGUUGGCGACAAAAGUCAUUAGGGAAUUCUGAGAACUUUAGAACCUCCUCAAUUGCAGGAACAGUUGAGGCAAAAGAGAAUGAAGGAAGUAUACGGUGGAAAUUUUGGUCUAGGAAACCUGAAGCUUUAAAGGUGGAAGAAAACAUCCCGCCUCCAAAACGAGUUGUGGGUGUAAUUCGAGGAAGUGAGGAUCCAAGCAUAUUUGUACCAGAAAAUGAUCCCAGCAGCGGGCAAUGGUUCUAUGUUAAUAUUCCCAUGAUUGCACGAUCCUGUGCUCUUCCAGAGAAUACUCUUUAUAUCGAAGACAUAAAUGAAGAUUUCAGCGCAACCAAUCCUUAUCCAGCUCCGAAAGAUGUCAACAAAUUGAUCCGCUACUCCGUCAUGCCUCAAGAUCACUUGAAUUAUACUUUGACAUGGUACUCCCUCUCGGCUGCUGUAUCUUUCAUGGCUUUCCAGCGGAUUAAACCGAAGAAAUUACGCAGAUGAUGAAUCUCUCAAACUAUUUGUUGCCUGUGUUCUAUGAAUGUUUUAGACAGAACCGAUAUUUUUAGCGUUCAUUUCGAUUAGAAACAAUAUUCAUGGCAGUCAAGAAUGGUGCGCCAAAUAAAAGUAUUGACUGUUCAUUUACAAUUGCAAUUUACAUGUCAAGGUCUCAAGGUGGUUUCCAUGCGCAGUUGUACUUGAUUGUAUGUGAUCCUCUAAUUUUGAGGAACAGGUCUGAUGGAAGAAAUUUUGUUGUUUUGUUUACAAGAAAAAGUAAGAGUGAUGUUGAUAUUAAUUGAUAAUGGGGCAAUGAAUCAGUGUUUGUUUUGAUAUCAUUUUUUAUA